AUGUCAACUCCAGCAAGAAGAAGAUUGAUGAGAGACUUUAAGAGACUCCAAAAUGAUCCACCAGCAGGUAUUAGUGGAGCUCCAAUGGAUAAUAAUAUAUUACAAUGGCAAGCAGUCAUAUUUGGACCAGAGGAUACUCCAUGGGAAGGUGGAACAUUUAAAUUAUCAUUACAAUUUUCAGAGGAAUAUCCAAAUGAUCCUCCACAAGUUAGAUUCCUUUCAAAGAUGUUUCAUCCAAACGUAUACACUGACGGUGCAAUCUGUCUCGAUAUUUUACAAAAUCAAUGGAGUCCAAUUUAUGAUAUUGCUGCUAUUUUAACUUCUAUUCAAUCUCUUUUAUGUGAUCCAAAUCCAAACUCUCCAGCCAAUAGUGAAUCUGCGCGUUUAUUCCGUGAAAACAAGAGAGAAUACAAUCGCAAGGUAAAGGAAAUUGUCGAACAAAUUGGAGUAUUUACAAGUAAUAUAGAAAUAUGUCGCUAUUGCAAUAGUGGUGAAUGUGGAGUUGGACAAUAUUCAUGCUUUUCAGUAGCAGAAAAUAAUUGUUUGAUGGAUCAAAAUUCUUGUGGUACCAAUAGCUUUAAAGACUAUUUCAUUGCCUCUUAUUUAAAUGGAUUGGUCAUUGUCGUAUCGUACACCGAUCAAGAUUGCCAAAAUGAAAUAGUCUCUCAAGUCGUUUUGUGUGGUCAUUGCAACAAGGGCACUUUCUUUAAUUGUAAUACUACCAUUGUCGAGUUGGUGGAUAGUGUCAGUACUGGAAAUCAAGUUGCUUCAAAAUUAUUGGAAAAAAAACAAAUCGUCAAUGAUAAUAAUAAUAUUAAUAAUAACAGUCCAACUAGUGAUGAUGAUGAUGAUGAUGGUAGUAUUUUCACUUUUAAACAUAAACCAAAUGUUAAACCCAAAUAUGAAAGGGAAUAA